CUUCGCUUUGGCCCUUCCCCGAAACCGAAGCGCAGAGCCCGAGAAAGAGAGAAGGAUCAUCAUCUUUUGCUGCAGCGGCAGCGGCAGCGGCAGCGCUAGCCGCGCGCAUGCACUGGCGGCCAGUGGCCACUGUUGCUCGGCUCGGCAUGAACGGCGAGGUGGCGCAUGGCACAGCUCCGGCCGCCGGCGGGGACAGGGCGGUGGUCGACACGUCGGCGCCGUUCGAGUCGGUGCGCGAGGCCGUCGACCACUUCGGCGGCCGCGCGGCCUGCCUCACCGAGCGCAUGCCCGUCGCUCCCCCAAAGGCACAGGGUCAGCCUGAGGGGACUCAAGAACGCGUUGGAUCACAUGGGCAGACCGUGCAGCUGGAGGAGGAGCUCAGCAUCAAGGAGAUGCAGACGCUUGAUGUGCUCAGAGUAUUAGAAUCCUCCAAAAAGAUCAUUACGGAGCUGAAGCUAAAGAUGCAUAAUAAAGAAUCAGCCGAUGCAUUUACCAUCACUGAAGCACCGGUUACAGUUGAAGAACAUGGGGACAGGCAUUCUGAAAAUGUUCAGGCUGAUGGGGUUGUGGAUGGCCUACAUACACAGCCACAGCAGCCUCCAGGUUCAGUUCUGAUGGAGCUUGAGAAGGCAAAGGCAUAUUUGAUCAGAACCACGGCUGAUAUAGCUGACAUAAGAGGCUCUGCUGUGUUGCUGCGCAAUGAGAUUGCUAAGGAGAAAAUCUUGGUGGAGAGGAGUCGAGAGAAGGUAUGCGCCAAUGCAUCCCAGAUUUCUUCGCUGCAGGAUGAGUUGGAUCAUACUACACAGAAGUUGCAAACGCUGAAGGGUAGGCAAAGAAGGCGCGAUUAUCCGUCUGACAUUCUGAUGGAGAUCAAGAAGAUGACAUCAGAGAUCGAGCAGCUCAGGACUGCAGCAAACGCAUCGAAAUCUGAAGCUGUGAUUUUGUCUGCCGAAAUUGAGCAGACGAGGGCUAGCAUUGCGACUGCUGAAGUGAGGUGUCUUGCAGCCAAGAAGAUGGAAGAAGCGGCAAGAGCAGCAGAAACUCUUGUGCUUGCUGAGAUCAAGGCCUUACUUAGCAGUGAAGCUUCAUCUGGAGAUCUCCAGGGCACUGAUGUGGUGAACCUGUCCAUGGAAGAGUACUUUGAGCUUGCUUCAAAAGCCCAAGAGUCUGACAUUAGCUCGAGGAAGAAAAUUGAAGCUGCAAUGGUGCAGGUUGAAGAAGCUAAACAAUCAAGAUCCAACUCGAUUAACAAGCUGGAGCAAGCCAAGUUAGAGAUUGAGAAUCGCAAGAGUGCACUUCAGGAUGCCCUGAAAAAGGCACAUGCUGCCAAUCGAGGGAAGCUCGCAGUGGAGGAGUCUGUUCGUCGAUGGCUAUAUGAGAAUGGCCACAAGAGGCGCUCAUUUCAUGACUCAUCCAAGUUAAAAAAUACAGCAGAUGGCAUUGAUGUUUGCAAGAGCUUCUUGAAGCCAACGCUAUCGAUCGGUCAGAUACUGAACAUGAAGCUAAUGGGACCUGAUGGGUAUGACAAGAGCGUCUGGGAUGAUACAACUGAAGCUCCUAAUGUUUCACUUGGUCAGAUUCUAAACCGGAGGAACGCUGUUUUUUAUAACAGUGAUAUAACUUCCCAGAAGAGAUUGUCAGAAAAAAGGAAGAAAUUUGCCUUCGCAAGGCUUUCAGUAUUGUUAUCAAAACAAACCAAGGGCAAGAAAAAUAAAGGAUCAGAUCAGAGCCCAUGCUUACCUAAGAAUGAGACAGUAGCUAGGUGAUGAGUGCUGUGAGUGACCACUAAUUCCAUGUUAAUGCAUAUUGUUUCUAGUACAUACAUUAGUUGGUUC